UCGUGACAAGUGAAAAAGGCAUGCCUUUCGCAUUCAUGGAUAAAAAACCCACUGGAGUUAAGUUGCACAGGACGCAGGGAAAGUUUUUUCCGCAGACAAAUGUUCGGCGCUCUCCAUCCGCUCCAGGACCGAGUACAUGUAGAAAUAUCUGAGAAGUGAGCUGCGGGAGGGCUGCACACCCGGAACGAGCACAAGGACACUGAAGAGGCGCUUCAUAGAGGGAAUAGAGGAAGGGGGAGAGAGAGCGCUAGAGAGAGACUGAGAUAGACAUCCUAUCUCACUCUCCCAGUUGAGAUCUUCAGCGGAUCGCGUCCAGCAUCUCGCAACUGGUAAGAAGAGGCACUUUUUUUGUUUGUUUUUUUACGCAGCGUAAAAGUGGGGAGAGUGUCUGGAAAAAAAAGUCAGGUGUGGCUGUUUGGUCGCACAGCAAGACAAUGUCUAGUAAAGCGACUUUAGCAUUACUCAUCUAUGGAAUCAUAAUGCAUUACAGCGUCAACUGCUCACCUGUGGGGCUUAGCUUCCCCAGUGUUAGACUUGACAGUGAGGUUUAUGAUGAGGAUGGAAACUCCUUCCCGUCCCUGGAUUAUGACAGAGACCAAAUGGAUGUGAGAAGCGCUCCGUCUGUCGCGGACGACGUCUACACUUUGUACUACCCACCGGAGAAAAGAACGGAAAGGCAUGCAGACGGCAUGUUUAAUAAAGCCUACAGGAAAGCGCUGGGUCAGUUAUCAGCAAGGAAAUACCUUCAUUCUCUGAUGGCAAAACGUGUAGGCGGGGGGAAAGUCCUGGACGACAGCUCAGAGCCCCUCUCCAAGCGACACUCAGACGGGAUCUUCACAGACAGCUACAGCCGCUACCGAAAGCAAAUGGCAGUCAAGAAAUACCUGGCAGCAGUCCUGGGGAAAAGCCUUGAAGACAUAGGUUUUCACCAAAUCCUACAAGACAUAGACUUUGAUGCCCUCCCGGACGGGGAUGAGUUUGAGGCUUUUUUGGGAGACUGGCUGAAACAGUUUUCUCCCGAAUUUCCGGUGAGUUUCAGGCUCUUUCCUGAGGCCGUGUCCUCGCAGGGGGGCUUCUCAUGUCCCCAUUUUUCUUCUCACCUUCAACUCUUGUGAUCCAAACACUCAAACCCCAACUUCUUCUUCUUCUUCUUCUUCCACCUCAUUUGUGCUCCUGUCUCUCGAGAGUCUCACAGAUUUGAACCUGUAGCUCCACCUGUAUCACAUGCAGCCUGAAUGUGGGGGAGGAUAAUGUGUUUACAUAUCAUUACAGACUGAUUGAUUUUAGUCGAUCUGGAUUAAACCAGAUGUAAGCCUUGUUGGUUGGCUUUAAAACAUCCAAAAUGCCACUUUUUUAAGUUAAGUUCUCGUCAAAAAUUCUAAAUCUGAGAUGAAGACCAGAGUACUUCUGAGGUUUUUCUUACCCUUUUUUCUUCUGCAGUGUUUACAAAGUAAGCUUACACCUUUGACUCAUGUAAAAGUGCCAGUCUUGUGUUUUUAUCAACUGGAUUCUGUGUUUGGAAACCUCUUAUCCUGCUGAAGGUUUUCUCACGUCUCUCUCCGCCCAUAUAAUAAGUAUCACUGACAUCUCCAGCACCAUCAGGCAAAAUUUAAGAAAAAAAAUGACAAAAAAAAAGAAAUGAUACUUGUUACAUGGUGACUUAUCCAUCAGUUUGUUCUUUGUGAGAGACAUUCCAGGCAGUUUGAACUCUUGUGUUUGAACCUUCUGGGUCUAUUGUGCUUCCCUUUUCUGUCAUGUGAACCAAUGUAAAAAAAAAAAAAAAAAAAAAAAAAACGACAGUAGAUUGCAUGAUUAAAGUAAUUGCACUAAAAGCCACCUCAUCUGUGCAGACUACUCCAACUAGAUGGUUUUGCUUGCUUCCUGACUACUACAAACAUACAUUUUCUGUCAUCUGGAUGUUGUUUUGUGCUCUUGUUCUCCUCACUUACAUUUCUACACGAGCUGUAUGUUAAACCUUGUCCUCCGCUGGAGAAUCACUCUGAAUGUACUUUACUGCUGGCAAGAAUUUCUCAGUCUAAUGUCAUGAUUUAUAGGUUCUGUUACCCAGACGAGUGGAGAUCUUUUUUUUUUUUUGUAAUUUACUGUUGAAUUGUGUUUGAAGAAAAAGCUGUGGACGAUUAAAGUGGUCAUUUUUUUAUUAUCUUUA